UUGCAAAUGAGCUGUCAGAGCGAUUAUAUCUGUGGCGAAAAGAGCAACAUCGAGUUUAUAAAUACAACUCUCAGGGGAUCUUUUAGGAUGUGGCGACCAUCACACUUCUUCUUGAUAUUGUGUCUCUGGGCUUGUUUGGAUGCACUGCCAGUUGCUGUGGAUAAGACCAAAGUGAGCCCUCCUGUAGAGGAACUGGAGCCACCUAAAAGUGUAGACACUGGAUUGCACUAUGAUCGAUAUCUCAGAGAGGUUAUUGAUUUCCUGGAAAAGGACCCACAUUUCAGAGAGAAACUUCAUAACACAGACAUGGAAGACAUCAAGCUAGGGAAACUGGCUAAAGAGUUGGACUUUGUCAGCCAUCAUGUGCGAACUAAACUUGAUGAGCUAAAGAGGCAAGAAGUAAACAGACUGCGGACCCUAAUCAAAGUCAAACAAGACAUGAAUGGAGAAAAAGGUAUGACAGUGGACCACCAGGCACUUCUGAAACAGUUUGAACAUCUGAAUCACAUGAAUCCACAUACAUUCGAAGUGGAAGAUUUGGAUCGCCUCAUUAAAUCGGCCACUAAUGACCUGGAAAACUUCGACAAGGAAAGACAUGAAGACUUCAAGAGGUAUGAGAUGGCAAAGGAACACGAUCGGAGGGAACAUCUUAAAACACUGGAUGAGGAUGCGCGCAAAAAAGAGGAGGAACACUUUGAAGAGAUAAAGAAGAAACAUGCAGACCAUCCCAAAAUCAAUCACCCUGUAAGCUAA